CUACAAGUGAUAUGUAUUAUUUCACAUAUUUGAUUUUUAAAAAAAUUCGUAACUCGUAAAAUAUCAAUAUGGUAUCAAUAUUAUACAGGAAUCUGUUGAUUUUAAAACGAUUUUUACUUUUAUUCAUACAAUUUUCAUCAUGAUUUGAGCGGCAAAUUUAACUGAAUUAAAAUCAACAAAUGAAAAUCGACCGAAACAAAUACACAUAUAUAGUAAAAUGUGAUAUCUAAUUAGAUAUCAUAUUAGAUAUCAAAUAGCGUAAUUAAAAAAAUGGAAAUAACAGAAAUCUAAUUAUCUUGGUCAUUAUAUUUGAUUAUACGCAAGUAGUGAAGGAUAUAAUGCAAUUUUUAAUAUUUCAUAAUUUCUAACACGUAUUUCGCUCAGUAUUCUUUCGAAAUUUCAAAAUAAUUUGUUGCAUAGUCGUCGGACGAUGGUGAAUAAAAUCUGGUGUCAAGAAGGAGCAAAAAAGUGGUUUUUUAAGAAAAAUCAACCAUUGCAUCCACGAGUUUUAUCCGAACCAAAAUGUCAGAAAUAUGUAGCCACCUGGUAUCUAUUAUAUCGUUGGUUAAUUUUUAUGGCCUGGGCUUGUAUUGUCAUAUGUUCAAUUUUCGAAUUUGGUAGUUACAAACCUAUGUUAGCGUACGAUAAAUGGCCAAUUUACAUGACCAACUGGGAUUUAGUAUUAGGAUUUACUCAAGCUUUACUUGGCGGUUUUCUCGUAUUAAGAAGAUGGAAUCUGCAAAAAGUAUCGGGCUUCGAUCCUUCUACGCUGAUGCUAGGAUCGAUGGACAGAGUUUAUUUGUUCCUUUAUGUUAUAACUACUAAUACAGCGAUUGUAAUUACAAUUACUUAUUGGAGUAGUAUAUAUGAUCCUACAAUUCAUUAUUUGGAUCCUUUAAAUAUUAUGUUACACAUAUGUAACAGUAUUUUAAUGAUAAUAGAUUUUUGUAUCACGAGCAUUCCGUUUAGACUAAGGAACUUCUGGUGGUGUUUAAUUUUAGUUAUUUUGUAUAUUAUAUUUUCAGUAAUAUAUUAUUUGGUUGGUGGAGUAGACAAGAAUGGUUACCAUUAUAUCUAUAAAAUUCUUGACUGGAAAAAACCCGUUCAAGCUUCAUUGGUAUGUAUAGGUGAAGCUGUAUUAAUAACCAUAUUGCAUUCUUUAAUGUGUUUCUUAGAUAUAAUAAAGAAUAGAUUGUAUUUGAAAAUUGACAAAAAAUUAGGAAGAUCAUAUUUAGAAACACAGAUGUCUAAAAGAGAAAAAAAUAUCGAUAUUGUUUAAAAUUUAGCGAUAAUAGGCAAUUUUUUUUUAUAAUAAUUUUAAAACGUAUUAUUUGUAUUUUACAAUUAUAUAUUUAAAAACUGUAAUUUCCUUAUAUAUUUUUUUAAAGAUAAAUUAAUUUUUUAUUUACAAAAUAGUGUAAAGGAAAAUGAAAGUGAUUUUCUUACAUUCUUUAAUAAAUAUUUAAUAAGACU